UUGACUUUGGUGCCUCAAAAGAAGCACAGAGAGAGAGAAAAGAAUCUGCAACUUAUUAUCUUCAAUGGUGCGGGAAGAUAAGGUAAUGCAAAUUGAUCUGUCUCUGAAGUUAGAUAGCCAAGAUGAAGAAGAAGAAGAAGAAGAAAAAGAAGAGGAAGAACGUGAAGAAUCCGUAGAUAAUCAAGAAGGCAAAGAGCACCAUAAAGAUGGAAGAGGAGAAGCAGAAGAAAGGUCAGAAGGUGAUGAUACAUCUCUAGACAAACCCUUACAAGAAAACUCAAAGAAAGAAGAGCUAUCUGCGCUUCAGAUGGAGAUGGAUCGCAUGAAAGAGGAAAACAAACUGUUGAGGAAGGUUGUUGAACAGACUACGAAAGAUUACUAUGAUCUUCAGACGAAACUUGCAGUUAUCCAACAAAAUGACGCAAAAAAAGAUCUUCAGAUGUUUCUUUCACUCCACGGAGACGCCGAUACAACUGAUCAAGUAUCCAAACAAGUGCUCAAAUUUGUAGAGAAUGAUAAUUCAUCAGCACAGCAGCUACCGUCUGAAGCUGACGACGGUGAAGAUGGGGACUUAGGUUUGUCCUUGAGUAUGGGAGCUGGUGUGCAACAACAUGGAAGAGAUGAAUCUAAAGAAGCUGAGAUGAAAAGUGAGGAGCCAGUACAGAACAAGUUUCUGAAGAGCGAAUUAGCAGGAAUUACAAGCCAUUAUUCUCCUAACCCACCCAAUAGGAAAGCAAGGGUUUCAGUCAGAGCAAGAUGUGAAGCACCCACUAUGAACGAUGGCUGCCAAUGGAGGAAAUACGGUCAGAAAGUUGCAAAAGGAAACCCUUGUCCAAGGGCCUACUACCGUUGCACGGUAGCUCCAGGAUGUCCAGUAAGGAAACAGGUACAGAGAUGCCUAGAAGACAUGUCUAUACUCAUAACAACCUAUGAGGGAACGCAUAAUCAUCCAUUACCAGUGGGUGCGACCGCCAUGGCUUCAACAACAUCUAGUGCAGCCACUUUUAUGUUAUUAUCAAGAUCAAAUUCUGGUGCUCUCACUUCGGAUGGCAUCAUCAGUGAUGCACAAACACCGAUUUCAUACCGUAUUCCCCACUCAAUAAGCCCUUCUCCUCAUUCAUCCACCACCAUCAGCAGCAUCGUAAACACUAACGACCACUCUAAAGGGAUUGUUCUUGACCUUACCAACAACUCACAACAACAAUUCUCCCACCCUACUUCUUCACAUUCUUCACAGCCACAACUGACUUACCGUUAUCAUAAUGCAGCUGGUACAAUUGUUAACUUGGGUGGUGAUCUGUCAUCAAGUGAUCACCAAUUCAUUAGCCCCAGAGGAAUAAUAAUAGACAAGAGAGGGUGGAAAGCUGAGGAAGACAAGUCAUUAACUGAAAAUGUCAGUGCUAUUACUUCGGAUCCCAAGUUCAGGGUUGCUGUUGCGGCUGCCAUUACAUCAUUCAUCAAUACAGAGAGUACAACGACAGUUCAGCCUAAAGGACCACCUUUGAUUCUCAGGGAUGGGGAGACUGCUGGCAGCAGCUCUAGUAGCAAUAAAUGGGUCGUUGAAUCUCCCCACUUGUGGUAAGACACUUCACCCUUUGCAGUGAAGUGAGGGUAAUUAGUUCUAUAUAUUUUGUAUAAACAGAUCCAGGAGGAUAAUCGUAUGACAUAUACACCAAACUAUAUAUCUUGAAUUUCACAUGUAAUUGGCUUUUCUACUCAAUAACAUGCAUAUUCAAACUUCUUUUAA